AUGAACCUUCUUAUAGUGUACUUGUUUGUUUGGGCUGCAAACGGGUUGACAGGUAAGGCUUUUUUAAACUAUUAAGAUGUGACGAUAGGCAAAUUAUACUGUAACAUCAUACAGGGUGCGUAAAAAGUGGUGUUACCAAACUUUACCGGUCGUUUUCUCUAUGUUGCGGUUAAAUUAUUUAAAAUUUUUUAUUUUGUCUUAUUCUCCGUGGUUUUUUAUUGUAUAAUUAUAAAAGUUAAGUUUUCAUUGCCUACCGUCUGUCUGUAUUUAGAUGUCAAACAUGAGGGCUACCGUCAUCAAAUUAAAUAAUGAAGGAAAAAGUAACCCCAAAAUCGCGAAAUUGUUGAAUAUUUCAAGAAUGACAGUCCACAGAGCCGUAAAACGUUUUGAAGAGCUUAGACAUGACUGUGACAGACCUAGAAGUGGGCGUCCAGCAUCUUUUAACACCGUGGCCAAUCGUCAGAUGAUCAAGAAGCGCUUCAAGCGAAAUCCACGGACCCCAGUACGAAAAACGGCCCAAGAGGCGGGAAUCAAAGAAUCUACUUUGAGGCGCAUAGUGGAAAAGAAAAUUAAGAUGAAGCCGUACAAAAUCAAAAAAGUUCAGAAGCUAACUGAAGAAAACAAGGCAGUACGUUUCAAAAGAUGUAAACUGCUUCAGCAGCGGGCCGCUGGUCAAAAAUAGGAAUGAAUUCUUUUCACUGAUGAGAAGAUAUUUACCUUGUACAGAGGCCUAAAAUCCCCAAAAUGACAGAUAAUACUCAACAGAGCCUCCUAAAGCUGAAGCCAUCGUGGCAAGUCGUCAACACCCUCGGGGCAUUAUGGGUUGGGCCGGUAUCUGUGCUUCAGGCAAGAUUCCUUUGAUUUUUGUCGAUGAAGGCGUGAAGAUCAACAAAGAAGUGUAUCAAAGGGACAUUUUGGAAUCUGUGGUACUCCCUUGGGCUCGGAAGCUUCAAAGGUGCCGCAUGGAUCUUUCAGCAAGAGUCUGCAUCGGCCCAUAAAGCAAAAUCAACGCAAGAGUGGUGUCGAACCCAUUUCCCUGACUUCAUUGCAUCUGCUGAAUGGCCUCCAUAUUAUCCCGAUCUCAAUCCUAUGGAUUACAGUGUAUGGUCGAUACUGGAGGCUAGGGUGUGUUGUAGAAGACACCAAAAUUUGGAGUCUUUAAAACAAGCAUUGAUCGAAGAGUGGGACAAACUGUUACCGGAGGUGCUGCGGCCCAUCGCUGAAAACUUUUUGAAGCGUUUGCGCUUGUGCCAAGCCGCAAAGGGGGGACACUUUGAAACCGAUUAACUAUGUUAUAACUAGUACUACAUGUUACUAUUGUUAGUUGUUGUUUUAGUUAUAUUUUUUGUUAACGUAAAUAUUUGAUUAAAAAGCCUGGUAACACCACUUUUCACGCACCCUGUAAACGUUAUUUUUGUUAUUACAGGCUACAUUUUACUUAUCUUAAGUUUAUAUUAUAGGUAGGUACAGUAAUAUAGCUUAAAAAACAUUACUGUAAAAUAAUUUGCACCUAUUACUGUAAAAAGUAAUGUAAUACAAGUUGUACCCAGUACUUUAAAUAGUACUGCAAACGAAUUUUUACUAACUAGCUUUUUAGAUGAUCCCGAAUCACGCGUGCCAGAUCCGCCAGAGAACGUGAGAGGAAAAGCGGAGACGGAUUCUGUAACUUUAUGGUGGGACGCACCUUCUUCAGCUCCAAAUCCAUUAGUACGAGGAUAUACUUUGUCAUAUGGUACUGAAACUCCGAACCGAAAAAUAGUCAUAGCCGCUUCUUACAUUACGGCAUAUACUGUAUCUGGGCUGGGUAAGUUAGGACUUAUAGUAGGUUGUUAAAAUAAAUUUGUGCUUUCAAACUCUGAAAUUUUUUUAAGAGAACGCACAGAAUUAAUUGAACAACUUAAUUUUAUAGUAUUAAUAGGACAUUUAAUAUAGUAAUGACGCACAAUGUUUCCAGCCUCAAAUACGACGUAUGUCUUUGCUUUGACAGCGUACAAUGAAGCCGAAGGGGAAGACAGUGAACGUGUCUUGAUAUCUCUUACUACAUUACCUUCUAAGGAUGGUAAGUUGACUUUUUUAAAUUAGUAUUGUUGUAUGUGAAGUAAUAUAACAUUGGUAAAUAGAAUUACUAUACCAUACAAGAAAGAAGUAAUUUUAGUGCCAGAAUCUCAAAAGAUCGAAGGCCCAGAGAUAAAGCUAAAAGCAAUAUCACCAUCCGAGAUCAAAGUCAAAUGGACUGAGCCAAGAGUCAACAAACUAGCCAAAGACUUUAAAAAGACAGUCUACGCCAUUCAGUACUGGAACGUGAACGAUGAGAACGAGAAACGGAAAAUGACGACAGAAGGACUAAAAGGAAUGAUAAGUCAUCUGGAGCCAGGCCAGAAGUACGCUGUCAGAGUGAAAGCAGUACUACCUGAUGGACGAGAGACUGAGUGGAGCAAGACCAAGGCUGUGGCUACACCUUCUCAAGGUAUGGGUGGGGGGAGGUUGAUUCAAAUCUUUGGGUUUUUGAGAUUUUAAAAAAUUUUUUUUGAAAAAAAAUGAAAAUUAAAAAAAAAUUAUUCAAAAAAAUUGUUGAAAUAGCUAAAAAACAUAAAUAACUUUUGUUACAGUAAUCCCGGAGAAUGGUUUCGUCGAGAAAUGCGAUUUUGAGAGUGGCGGCCAAUGUGAUUUCGUCUCCGAAGCCAACGCCGAAUUCGAAUGGUCACGCGUGCCGACGGACAACGGUAAGUGAUAAGUGUAGAUUACUGUAGUGUGAACGUGCUUACUGUGUCCCUCGUCUCUCUUUGCAGGCCAUUCAAUGCUUCUGGACACGAAUUUAGGCUCGAACGACGACGCAAACGGCUUCGGUCGGUUGAUUUCGCCAGUUUUUCAGUUGAAAAAGAGCUCCCAUAUAUGUUCUAGUCUGCAUUACUACAUCACACCGGGCAGUAAAGGUAAAAUUUUGUGAGGAAUAUUUGGUUUAAAGUGGCUUAUUAAUAUUAUCUUAACUUUGAAUAAACUAUUAUUACCUAAAAUUCGAAAAAGACAAGAAAAACUUGAAAUUUUAAAGUAUAUAAACCAUGUUUUAGGUCUGUUCAAGUUGAGUAUAUUGUUCGAAGGUCAAGAAAUGGAACGUGCUUUACCGUUAUUUGAAAAAAGUCUGGUUGAAUUGCCUCAGGGCUUAUGGCAAAAGAUUGUUGUUGAAACAAAAGCAAGAAAUGACAAAGGAUUCCAGGUAAAUACGAGCUUUAUGGUGUAGUAAAGGAGUAUAGGGAAUGUGAUUUUGAUGCUUUAUGGGCUUGUCGUGUUAUACAGUAGGGUAGAAAAAACUAAAGCAGGGUAGGGUAAAGAAUGUUGGUAAAAGUUUUAAGAGCAAGGCGGUGGGUAGGGUAGGGUAUAGCUGAGUAGGGUUGAGUAGGGAUUCAAUUAUUUAGUAUACAGUAUUUUAAAGUUUUUACUACGCAAAUUUAUGCAAAUCUAAAUAAAUUUCAAGAUAUUAUUACUUUUUUAACCCAUGCCCCAUUUUCAGCUCCUCCUAGAAGGCGCCAGAAACGGCAAAACCGGCUUCAAGCUGAACGUGGACAAUGUUACGGUAAUCGCCGGUCAGUGCCCGGAACCACAACGUCAUUUCGGAAAUGUGACCGGUAAUUUUUAUUUGUUUUAUCGGCUGCUUGAGCACUUAAGUGAGCAUUAA